GAGAGAGAGAGAGGGGGAGGGAGAGAGAGAGAGAGAGGUCGCUUACGCGCGCACGUUAUAAUUCGCGUCGUGAAAGGUGCUAAAACGAGGACUCGAGGGCGAGACGAGAGAGCGAGAGAGUAACAAAGAGAGAGAGAGAGAGAGAAAGAGAGAGAGAGAGAGAGAAAAUAGAGGCGUUCGGGGAUAAUUGCAGGAAACGCGAGUGAAACGGCGACCGCAGUUGGACUCGACUAGUCGGGAAUCCUCGCGACGUUCCGCUUCGCCGCCGCGGAAUCCGUCUAGCGGAAAGCAACGACGUUUUGGACGGCCGCGCCGCAACGAAAUUCAAGGCUCCUCCUCGAGAAUCUCGCCUCUGCGCGGCGCGGAAUCGUUGAAAUCGUUUACGCGUCCGCGAUCGUUUCGAUCUUAAUGGACCACCGUGAUCGCGCCGCGACUUAUCAUUAUAGUAACCUUGAGAUCCCACCAAGGUAAUCGGAGGGAUCUUCCACGAGCGGGCCGGCCGUUCUCUUUGUCUCGACGACUCGCGACAAUCCGCGAACGUCGGAGAACAUCGGUAGACGCAGAGAAGCGGUACGAUUAUAUUCGCGAGAUGAAGAAAAGCUCCAGCAUGCCUCGAUCAAUAGGCGCACGGCCUUCGCCGGACUGACUUCCUCGCGCACGCAACGCGAGACGCGAACGCACGUCGCGUUCACCAAAAGGAACACGUGCACCUCUACGAUAACGACGACAACGACGACGGUGAUCAAGGAUUAGUAGCUUGGUGAUCGUCACGGGAGAGAGAGUCAACCGAGUCGAAGCAUGUGAUCUUCGCGGGGGUUCAUCGAUCAUCACGCCGCUGAAGGAGGGAUGUUGCGGCGGCACAUCGGCAGGAUGACUUAACGUCGGCCGAUCCAUGCGUGUCGAUGGCCGAUGCGAACAACGACGGGGUUGUCGGACGGUUGAUGAACGAUAACGGCGGCGUGUAGACAGGUGGGAUAUCGUUGACCGCGCGCAAGAAAGUGUGUAACGCGGGUCGCCGCCGUGGGAACGCGAGCGCGAGAGAUAGGUAGGAAGCCACAGCACAGGUGGCGGUGGUAAGGACGGGGCAGAGUGAGAGAAAGAGAGAGAGAGAGAGAGAGAGAAAAAGGAAAAAAAGCGUUCGCUGUAUUGUCUUAAGGGGCGAGACCUGCAAGGACUAUGGGAGUAUACAAUGGAAGGAUGUACAUCAUGUCAGUAUAAGUGAAUGACAUUACUGAAGGGCGGAAAGAGAGAGUGAAAAGGAAAGAGAGAGAGAGAGAGAGAGAGAGAGAGAGAGAGAGAGAGAGAGAGGGAGAGAAAGAGAAAGAGAGAUAAAGAAGAAAAGAGAAAGCAGAAAGAAACCCCAACAAUGAAGGAACACGGCAACAAACAACAUCCGGCGGAACCGGCGGCGAAGACGCUCAAGUCGCUGCUGAAGAAACCGGGCCAGACCAAGGCGAAGUCUCAGAAGCAUCGAGUGGUGAUCAACGAGAAGCUGAACGAGUUCUUCGCGGCGGACUACAUAAUACUGAUAAAGGAGGAGUGCUGCGCCGAUUACGAGGAGGAUUGUGACUGCUGCUACCAGGAGCACGAAUUUAUGCGGCUGGGUAACUGCAAGGAGUGCCGGGCGGAAUUGAACUUGCACUUCGGCAUCGGCGCCGGCACCGGCACCGGCACCGGCAACGGUAGAUACGGCGAGAUGGCGAGGGGUGUAGAACAGGCGUUCUGCGAAAAUGCCGUACGAGGAGAUCAUCGCGGUGGAGGGACCCGCGGAAAGAGUCAGCAGGAUCGCGAGGACACGCAAACGGAGGAGGAUGAGGAGGAGGAUGAGGAGGAGGCCGACGAUGGCGAGGAAGAAGAGGACGAGGAGGAGGAGCGGGAGGAGGAGGAGGAGGACGAGGAGGAGAACGUCGACGGGAAGGUGGAGAAGGUAGUGGCCGCGACGGCGGCCACCUCGGUCCAGGAAAGGAAGGACGCGAAGAACGAACGAGUGGAUGCGGAGGACGCAACGAAAGGACGCCGGACAAAGGAGACCGCUACCGCGGAUUCCCAGGAAGAGAGUGGAACCGUGGUUCCGCCGCCACCGCCGCCGCCGCGGCACGAUCAGCAGCAGCAGGAAACACUUAGCCCGCCGGAAGGUUACAAAGACGUGUGCUCUGACAGCGAGAUCGCCAACGAGACGGGGCAGCGUGGCCGCGCGUCCGCGUCCUCCGCAACGUGCACGGAGUGCAAUUACUACCAGCAACAGGCACCGGAAUGCGAAUCGCAAACGAAGGAUCGUGGGAAUGAACAGGAUACGCAGGGCAGCAAGGAUACGGUGCACGACGGCAGUCAGAGAAAUUUGCAAGAAAAACAGGAUAAACAACAUCGGGCAUCUCAUCCCGAUCUGCACCAUCGUUAUCUCGUGGAAACAAUAACGAUGACGACUGUUACGGAGCGACGCAUCGUGCGGGAAAUUAGCGAGGAGGAGCGAAAGGAUUGCUUCGGGCGAUCCGAUACGGAUAAAGAUAAAAGCGUUUGCGAUGCCCCAAAGGAUAACGGUUUUAAUCCGGCGCUUUGUCCCGGGACAGGCGACUCGUCGAUCGUUCACGAGAACGCGGCGCAGUUCACCACACGGUGUAACGACUCGGACGUCACAGAGGAUCGUGAAGGUAAUGCAAACGCCAAAAAUUCGACGGGCAACGACAAAAGAGUAGCGACGACGGUGGAAGCGGAACGCAUCAGCGAUCAAACGGCAACGAGCGAACAGUCGCGCGAGCAGGACGCGAAAGAGCUGUCCCUCGUUUUCAAACUGGGCAACGUGUCCCUCGCUAGUAACAGCUUGAAGCCAAAUUCCGCGGUGAUCCCCCCCCCCCCGCCGGUACCGGCUAACAAAGUGAACUCGUCGACCGGCUCGGAACACUCUCAGGAUGAAGCGCAGAAGUUUCUGAUUACCGCCGAGAGUCUGCGGCUGUUCGAUGCGGUUAAAAAGUCGACGGUCCCUGGUGGCUCCUACGAGUCGCCAGAAUGCGAGUCCAGAGAGUCGAUCAAGAGAUCCAUUGAGCGGAACACUCUGCGGCGUAGUCUGAUCGGCAAGUACAACACGGUAACGCGUAAGAAGAAUCUGCGGCCAAAAAAUCUGUCGCUGGAGGAGCGAAUCAGGCAACUCACGUGCGUCGAUCAGGACGAUGAGAACCUGGACACGACCGAUAGCUCUGACAAUACGAAUUCCGCGAGCGAUCCCAAGUACGGUGGAGAUCUCUCGAUACGAACGUCGCCAUUGGGUGAGGAACGGCCUAUGUGCGAGUCGCUGCCGGCGAGUGUAGCCUCGACGGAAACCACUGCCAUUUUAACGAUGGUGUCGACGAGAUCGAACUCCUUGACGGCGGCGACGGCGGCAACGACGACUACGGCAGCUGCGGCGGCGGCAGCGGCGGUGGUGACGGACAAUCCACCAAAUCAGUCUACCUACAGGAAGAUCACGGAUCUAUUUGCGCAUAAGAAAAACAUUCAAUCGAAUCUACCAGAUCUCGGGAUAGGCCCGGGUGGAAGAAAUCUUCUCGCCAAAGAGUGUCAAUCCAAAAACCCGUUGACGAAGGUGAACUCGGAUGUGCGAAGGCAAUUAUUAGCGAGUCUGGCACCGUUAUCCUGUGUCACAGUCAACAGUUCUGACAACCAGGACGACUAUUACCGAAACGACUCCAGGAUGUUGGCAUCCUCGAACCGUGAAUCGAUAAGCUAUAACUCAGACUCGUCGUACAGUUUAGAAGACAUAGAAGCAGCUCUGAAUGGCGACGACAGGAAGUAUGCCGGUCAACCGGAUGUGACGAGAUGCACGCCGAUAGGCAGUAGACCCGACAUCGGCGAUAAUACGGCUGACGAGUUGCUCGCGUUCGUCGAGCAGGACAAGUCGAGGAUGGAACGAAUAAAACGCCGUUACAACGAGCCAGAGGAUCGUUACACGUUCAUUAAUGGCUACCAUUCCGAGGACAAGGCCAUAAAUACAUCUGAGAAUUAUGACGGUAAGGGCAUUAAGAAUCAUGAUAGCAAGGACGCGCAGGCAGACAAUGAAGAGGAAGAGGAAGAUGACGAACUCAACGAUUAUGGGUUCAAUCGACGACCGUCGGUAACGGGUAUCAAAACGCAAUACGAGGCUACCAACGAGGCUAUUCAUCGAGCACGAGCGGCUUGUGCCGGUGCAGCUAACAAUGAUGCGAGAUCUGGCUCGAUAUGGCCGAUAUAUUGCGAUGUAAACGGCGACAAGAUCGACGCAAAGUCUAUGUUGACCGCUGACGGAGUGGACGAGGCGAUUCCCAUACCUACAGACGCGUACGCCACGAUGGGGAGCUUCGAGCGGGAUACAAACACGAUCAAUCGCAUAAACACAAUGCAGAAGCAAAUCGAUGACAUAUAUCAAACUAUUGCCGAGAGCACGGCGGUAACAGCGAAUAUCCAGGGUAUUUCCGAGCACACGACUUAUCUGGAGAACGCGAUACCGCGGCAGUUCGUCAGAACUCCGUCCAGUGACGGUGCCGCGCACCUGUACGCCGAGCACAGAAAUGGUCAUCACUAUUUUCAAGAACAACAGCAGUUGUCGAGCACACGCAUGCUGCGUCUCGCGGGUGGGGGUGCCCCGCCUCCGCCACCGCCACCACUCGCAUCCGCCUCCAACCCGAAUUCCAUACCGUUGCAGAGUGUCCAGCAGGCCUUACACCUGCACAUACAUCCUCAUCAAACUGAAGACUUCCGCUCGCCCAACAUCGCGUUUUCCCCGGUUCCUCACUCGACGGUACAUCCCAUGCAAUUUCACCAUCAUCAGCAUCAGCAUCAACACCAGCAUCAGCAUCAGCAUCAUCACGAAAUGGCAUCGUACCGCGUGCCUAUGGCGACGCAGCAAUCACCAUCCUCGUACACGGUGAUCGCGCCCUCGAGAUGUAUUCCAGCGAGUAACCAGGAUGGUUAUCCGUUGUAUCCGGCUCACCUGGCACGCGGUGCCGCUACCGCUGGUACCACCGCGACUGCUGUCGCCGUCGCUGCGGACGUGCAAACGCAAACGAUUUCCAUCGCGGCCGCUUCAUCGUUUUCAUCAUCGUCAUCCUCGUCGUCUUCCUCCUCAUCGUCCUCGUCAUCGUCUUCGGCAUCGGCGUCCGCCCUGUCGUCUUCGUCCUCGUCCAUAUCGGCCGCUGCCACCGCUUCCCUAAAAUGCACCGGGAUCAUGACUAAUAACAACAAGAACUGCGAAUCGGUUCUGGGUACAUCUUACGGUAGCAGCAAUGCACAGUCCGUGUCAGGGAACAUCGCUCCACUCGCGUGCCCGGCGUCAUCAUCGUCAGCUGCGACUGUGACAGCCGUCGCCGGGUCUUCGGCAACGGUAAUGCAAUUACCACGCGUCAUUAAUACGUGCGCAGUAACAGAACGCGGAGUUCCCGAAGGUGCCGCCAGCAUGCCCGUCCGAGACUUCCCACAGUCGGCUCUUGGUCCGGCGAACUCGGCGUCACACGUCCUGCUGAUGUCCAACUCUUACGUCGAUCCCAAUACCAGUCUCAUGUCCGCUCCGGCCAAUACUCCAAACACGGUAUACUACGCCAUGAAUGUCUGAAGAGAUCACGAGUAAUUUAUAAUUGCGAAAAAUGUUCGAAACACGCCUGAAAAAUCUUGCCUGAAUAUAAAAUGUCUUUACGAUGUCUUGUGGAUGUUGUCCGGGAAGUAUUAACUCGUUCGCUGCUAUGACGAGUUAUUUUAAUGCGAUUCGUAAACAACAAAGGCGUACAGUAGAGAGAUUCACCACGUCUUUUCCACCAGUGACUGCACACACACACAUGACAGAAAUUACUCGUUGUCAUCUUAAGACAGCAACAUUUCUUGAGGAAUGAUAACUAAAAAAGGAUUAAAAUGC